UAGUGACAAAUAAAAUCAUCCAUCUAUAAAAUCGUCAAAUGAUUUUGAUUAUGGUGUAAAUACGCUCGAGCAUUUAUUCGUUGCAGUGUGCUAAAGUUUGAAUGUAAAUACCUACUCGCGAGUUCGAAGUGUUUUUCAUUUUUCAUAAUUUAAGAAGAAGAUACUUAUAAAUAAUUAUUUUUAUCAAAAGACCAAUAUGAGAUUGAACAUGUUUGUUAAAAAUUUGAAGAACAUUCACGAGCACGUGCUUCUACUUUUACUGUAUUUUCAUAUCACUCAAAUCAAUUGCGUACAGUCUAUUGACAUUGUUACUCCAGUCGUAGGUGGAAACACUGAAUCGAUCCAUGACUCUCCUUGGCACGUAGCAAUUUUCAAUCAAAAGAAAAUAUUAAUUUGUGGAGGCACAAUUAUUCGCCCUCAGUUAAUUCUAUCAGCUGCUCAUUGUUUUUAUGACGAUAAGAAAAACAGGACACAUAAUGCUUCUGAUUUCGAAAUUAUCGUUAGUAAAUUUACGAGGAAUUAUUCUACAAUUGACAACCAAAAUCAAAAAAUCUAUAAGAUCAAACAAAUACGUCUAUCUGAAAAAGGCUACGCAGACAUAUAUAACAAUUACGCAGCCGAUAUAGGAAUUUUGAUUCUCGAACAAAACAUAACCUUCAAUACAAACGUUGCUCAAGCUCAUGUUGACUGGGAAAGCAUAAUUGAGGGUCGAUAUCCAGCAGAAGGUAUUAAGGGAAAGGUUGCGGGAUGGGGAUGUGACGAAACUGGUAAAUAUCCAGAGAAGUUACAAGCUGUCUGGUUGCCUUUUAUAAGUCGUGCACGUUGUUUGACUACUGUACCGGUUGAUGCUCGAGCAAUAAUCACUUUUGAUAAAUUUUGCGCUGGUUCACAUGAAAAUGGCGGUCCCAGUGUUCUUCAAGGAGACAGCGGAGGAGGUAUAUUUUUUCAAAAAGACGAUAAAUAUUAUCUCCGAGGCAUUGUUAGUGUGAAACAAGCAUCAUUGACAUCCAUUGCAGCAUUCACCGAUUUAUCGGAUCAUGCCCGAUGGAUUUUAUCAGUAAUUAAAGACGUGGAAAAAACAUCAUUUGAAAAGAAAUCAGAUAUACGUUCUGUGAGGAGAAAACUUAGUUUGAAAUAAGGUACUCGAGUUUGUAGAACUCCAUUUUUUACGAAUAAAGCUUUUAGAAAAAAUGUUCAAGUUUUUCUUUGUAUCUUUUUUCUUC